AUGUGUAAAUGCCUGGAAUAUUUGUUCUGGUGCCUCGAAGUGCCGAGUUCACAACGAACGGCACGAGAAGAACUCGAAUCGAUUGUCUGGAUCAACGAUCCGGACACUGCCUAUAGACUCGCGAAGGUUGUCGAACAACGAGGCGAUAAACUCGUCGUCGGUUUCAGAGACGAGAACGGAUUCUACGAGAAGAGGACCGUCCUCGCAGCUGAUACACAAUCGCCAAGUUUAUCCUAUUAUGUAGAGGAUUUAUGUAAUCUUAGUGAGCUAACUGAUGCAAAUGUAUUACACGCUAUACGUUGUCGAUAUGAAAGUCAACUCAUUCACACUUACUCGGGAUUAUUCUGUGUUGUCGUGAAUCCAUGGCGAAAUCUGGCAAUCUACUCAGAGGAUAUUAUGCACGAAUACGCAAAUGCGCUAGAUAGAAGCUCUAACCUACCACCGCAUAUCUACGCCGUAGCACAGUCGGCAUACGAUGGGCUGUUUAAUGGACCGAAUCAAUCCAUACUCAUCACAGGAGAGAGUGGAGCUGGAAAGACGGAAAACACGAAAAAGAUUAUCGAAUAUUUGGGAUUCGAAGCACGUCGAAGGAGUGGAGUCGAGCGAAAUGGUAAUGGUGCGGACAAGCGAUUGGCGGCUGCCAAUUUUAUCAUCGAAUCGUUCGCUAAUGCUUCGACUAUCCAUAACAGUAAUAGCUCAAGAGUGGGUAAAUUCAUUCGUAUUGAUUUUGGUGAAGACAUGCAACUGAAGGGUGCACAAAUACAAUGUUAUCUACUCGAAAAAUCGCGCGUUGUCAGUCAAAAUGAAGGUGAUCGUAAUUUCCAUAUCUUCUAUCAGCUCUUCUCUGAGGGCUUCAGUGAAGGCGUACGCUACGGUAUGGGUCUUGGACAAAGCGCUGAUGCGUAUCGUUUCUUGAAUCAAGGCGGUAAAACUGCUGAUCGCGAUAUUAACGAUGAGAAAUGCGCUUAUGGAACUGAGCACGCUUUGGAUGUGGUGGGUUUCAGCGAGGAGGAGAAGUUGCAAAUUUACGAAACUGUCGCGUCGUGUGUGCUGCUUGGAGAAAUAAAAUUCCAUGAGCGAUCUGGUCUUGAUAUCACAUACGUAGACGGAAAAAAAGAAGUGGAGGCCGCAUGCCGUAGCUUGGGUGUGAAAACAAGCCGUUUCAUUGACGCAUUGACAGCACCAUCGAUGAAAGUCGGAGAUACCGUUAUAAAGAAGAGUCAAAAUCUGCGAAAGGUGACUAAGCCAUUCAUAUAUUAG